AUGGAUACGUUGGAGCCCGCAUUCACCGACACCGACGGAUUUCCAGUCUAUGAGGAUCCAUCCGGGGGCCUCUUAAGCCACAUCAUUGCCCAAAAUGACCUGAUAGCUCUCCGCCUCUACCAGGAAAGCCCUCCCACGAAGGCCUUCUGGGACGCCUAUGAGGUACCAUCCUGGCUUCAUUUCGUCGUGGCAGCCGAGUCCGGCAGACUUGAGGCCCUCUGGGUAAUCAUUGAGAUUUAUGUCGCGAAUCCAGAGACGUAUUCCGAGCCACUGGACGAGUACCCACACAGACUGGAUUUUCACCUAUUCAUGUGGCCUGUUCUGCGGCGGACCGGGAGCUGGCGAACUCGUUGCUGCAGCUUGAGCCACUCGUGGGGAAUUUGCAAUGAUGGAGAUAUCAGUGGCAAGACACCGUUAGUGUAUCUGCGAGAUGAGCAAGGAGUGACUGCCUUGCAUAUUGCCAGUCUGUUUGGGAAUAUUGAAGGGGUUCAAGCGUUGUUCAAUCAUCGUGUUCUGGGGUGA